GUCAGAUAGACACACCUCACUACUUCAAAACAAUAUAUUCUAGCUAGAGAGAAAAGAAUAUCGCAGUGAGAGAGAGAUGGAGAUGGCGCCAUGUAUUCGAGUAGUAGUACUGCUGGUGGUGGCUUAUUGCCUGUUCCCGGCGUCGGUGGAAGGCAUGGUUCGACACUACAAGUUCAAUGUUGUACUGAAGAAUACCACGAGAUUGUGCUCAACUAAGCCCAUUGUCACUGUGAAUGGAAGGUUCCCUGGUCCCACCAUUUAUGCUAGGGAGGAUGACACAGUGUUGGUCAAGGUGGUCAACCAUGUCAAAUACAAUGUUAGCAUCCAUUGGCAUGGGGUUAGACAGCUACGAUCGGGUUGGGCUGAUGGGCCUGCAUACAUUACACAAUGCCCAAUUCAACCAGGACAUCAAUUCAUUUACAACUUCACCAUCACGGGCCAAAGGGGUACACUAUGGUGGCACGCACACAUACUCUGGCUCAGGGCCACAAUCCAAGGUGCCUUGGUUAUCUUGCCCAAGCGUGGGGUUCCUUACCCAUUUCCCAGGCCACAGAAGGAACAAGUUGUUAUAUUAAGUGAAUGGUGGAAAUCAGAUGUUGAGGCUGUCAUCAAUGAAGCUUUGAAAUCUGGCGCGGCCCCUAAUGUCUCUGAUGCUCACACCAUCAAUGGUCAUCCCGGACCUGUAUCAAGCUGCCCUUCAGAAAGAGGUUUUACAUUACCAAUAAAUCCCGGACAGACAUACUUGCUACGAAUCAUCAAUGCUGCACUGAAUGAAGAGCUUUUCUUCAAGAUUGCUGGCCACACACUCACCAUUGUUGAGGUUGACGCAGUAUACACAAAACCUUUCAAAACCGACACGAUUGUCAUUGCACCAGGCCAAACCACAAAUGCACUCCUAACAGGUGAUCAUAAAACAGGAAAGUAUAUGGUUGUAGCUUCACCUUUCAUGGACGCACCCAUUGCAGUUGAUAACACCUCAGCCACAGCCACAUUACACUAUUCAGGCACUCUAGCCUCUACCACAACCACUCUCACUACCCCACCUCCCAAAAAUGCUACAUCAAUAGCUGCAUACUUCACAAAAGUCCUUCGAAGCCUGAACUCGAAAAAAUACCCAGCUAUAGUUCCAUUGAAAAUAGACCAUUCCUUGUUUUUCACUGUUGGUCUUGGUUUUAACCCUUGUUCUACUUGUGCAAAUGGUGGCCGUGUGGUAGCGGAUAUUAACAAUGUUUCAUUUGUGAUGCCAACUAUCUCACUUCUUCAAGCUCAUUUUUUCAAUAUAAGUGGGGUUUUCACUGAUGACUUCCCUGCUAAUCCACCAAGAAAGUUUAACUUUACUGGCACACAGUCAACGAACUUGGGGACCAUGACUGGGACAAGGCUGUAUAGACUUUCUUACAACUCAACUGUACAAAUAGUCUUACAAGAUACAGGGAUGAUAACCCCUGAAAACCAUCCACUCCAUUUGCAUGGAUUCAAUUUCUUUGAGGUUGGAAGGGGACUAGGUGACUUUAAUCCAGAGAAAGAUCCAAAGAAAUUCAAUCUUGUUGACCCUGUGGAGAGGAACACAAUUAGUGUACCAGCUGGUGGAUGGACUGCUAUUAGAUUCAGGGCUGACAAUCCAGGAGUUUGGUUUAUGCAUUGCCAUUUGGAAGUGCAUACCACAUGGGGGCUUAAGAUGGCAUUUGUGGUGGACAAUGGUAAAGGCCCUAAUGAAUCUCUUCUACCUCCUCCAAGUGAUCUUCCUAAGUGCUAAGCUAGCAAUCGCCAAACAUAGCUGAACUCAAACACUUCAAGGGCCUUGACACCAGGUAGAAACCGCAAGGUGCUCAUUAUAUUAGGCGGUGGCCAGUGGCUAAUAAGAAGAGUUCUUUCAAGCAAGCCAGGGAGCUAAAGGAAGCUGCUCAGAGUUAAAUAAAACCGGAUUGGAAUUCUUUUUAGUUUUGACUUUUGAUGUGCCUCAAAUUUUUAUUUUUUAUACUGAGAUAUAUGUAUUUUGUGUUUGUAAUUAUUAUGCUCAUACUUCUAAUUAAAGUCCAAAGGAUUUUUAAUGACAGAAUGAGUCAUCUUGCAUACAUGAUACAUGGAAUAAAGUCGCAUGUUUUGACUAA